GUCUUAUGACCCGCUCUGAAGAGCCGACGAGUCCCCGCUUUUGCAGCGUUGUGGUCGGUGGGCAGCGGCGCUCUUGCCCGGGUUCUGGGAGCCUUUUCCCUGGUGUUGCUGCUCUUGCCGCCGCCGCCGCCUGCUCUGCGGGAUCAUGGUGUGCUUCCGCCUCUCCCCGGUUCCGGGCUCCGGGCUCCUUAUGCUCUGCCUCGUCCUGGGAGCUGUCUCGUCUUAUGCAUUGGAACUUAAUUUGACAAAUUCAGAAAAAGCCACUUGCCUUUAUGCAAAGUGGCAGAUGAAUUUCACAAUACGCUAUGAGACUACAAACAACAGUCAUAAAACUGUACCCAUUUCAGACUUUGGUGCUGCAACGUACAAUGGAAGCUUUUGUGGGGAUGACCAUAAAGAUCCCCAAAUUGUGAUGCAGUUUGGAUCGGGUUUUUCCUGGAUUGUGAAUUUUGCAAAGGAAUCGUCUAAUUAUUUAAUCGACAGCAUCUCAUUUUCCUACAACACUAGUGAUAACACAACAUUUCCUGAUGCUAAAAAAAAAGGAGUUUUAACUGUGAAUGACUCUGUGGGAUUCCAAGUUCCAUUGAAUGACAUCUUUAGAUGCAAUAGUUUAUCAGCUUUAGAAAAGGAUAAUGUUGUCCAGCAUUAUUGGGAUGUUCAUGUACAAGCUUUUGUUCAAAACGGCACAGUGAGCACAAAAGAGUUUUUGUGUGAUAAAGAUAAGACUUUAACUACAACGGUGCCCGUCAUUCCCACCUCUGUGCCAUCUCCUACUACAACACCCACUCCAAAGGAAAAACCGGAGACUGGAUCCUAUUCAGUUACAAGUAGCAAUGGUACAUGUCUUCUGGCAAACAUGGGGCUGCAACUGAACAUUACUCAAGAUAAGGUUGCUUCAGUUAUUAAUAUCAAUCCCAACACAACCAACGCCACUGGCAACUGCCAUAGUAAAACUGCUCUACUCAGGCUGAGCGGCAGCAACAUCAAAUAUCUUGACUUCGUCUUUGCUGUGAAAAACGACAACCGAUUCUAUCUGAAGGAGGUGAAUGUCAGCGUGUAUUUGGUUAAUGGUUCUGUUUUCAGCAUUGCGAAUAACAAUCUCAGCUACUGGGAUGCCCCCCUGGGAAGUUCUUAUAUGUGUAACAAAGAGCAGACUGUUUCAGUGUCUGGAGCAUUUCAGAUAAAUACCUUUAAUCUAAGAGUUCAGCCCUUCAGUGUGAUGGAAGGAAAGUAUUCAACAGCCCAAGAGUGUUCGCUGGAUGAUGACACCAUUCUAAUACCAAUUAUAGUUGGUGCUGGUCUUUCAGGCUUGAUUAUCGUUAUAGUGAUUGCUUACCUAAUUGGCAGAAGAAAAAGUUAUGCUGGAUAUCAGACUCUGUAACACUCAUCCACACGUGACUCUGUUACAAAACAAUAAAGCAAGUACAAGUUCCAACAUGUAAUACCCUUCAAUUUAAGGUAUAUAGAGUUGCAGUUCUGAUCUUAGAAGAGGUUGUAUGGGGGAUUUCAAACUUAAAUAGAUAAAAAAAAUACCCCUGAAACUAUAAACUUCCAAUUAGUCACAUGAUUUUGGUUUUCCCAACUAAGGAAUUUAAAACUGUUAUUUCUAUGCCAAGAAACACAUGCAAAAUCAUGUUGAUUUUAGAUUCUAUUUUAUUGUCUUGAAUUAGUAUUGCAGUGUUCUCACUUUAGAUCUUCUGAUUACAAAUAAACAGUUCAGGAGAAAGAGUUUUUAAAAACGAGACUUUUUUCCCUCUGCACGUGUGUUGUCAAAUUGAGACAACACAUCCUACAGUGGAUUUGUACUUGCUCCCUUUGCAUUUUUUGGUGAUUUUGUUUGCAGGUUAACUUAGCUGCUUUGGCAUUGCUGCAUAUUUGACUAUGAGAGAUAUGCCAGUAGUUUUGAACAGGGUCUCGUAGUACUAUGUUCUUAGCAAUGAAUGCUUUUCUGAUGCCUUUUGAAUACAUUUGUAUUUAACGUGGCUGUAGUGACAAAAGCUUUUUCAAUUUUAGAAUAGGUGUUAAUCUUUUUUAAAAAGAUACCCUGGAUAUUUCAGUCUUUUAAAUUGCAAGCCACAAGACUAUUACAACUGGGCAUUUCAAUCCAUUUUCUAGAUGCUUUAGAGCUAAUUGCUAGGCAGUGCCAAUUUGGGGCAUUAUUAGUCCUUUGUACCUGUAAACUGGCCUCUACAUGCAGUGCUAAAAUUAGCCUUCUAGCAUCCUUGCUGGUAGUGGAUUGUUUUAUUCUUUUCCUUAAAGAAGAAAUGCCAGUAUGUCCUAGAACCUAGAUAAAGAAGUGCACUUAAACUUAUAAUUUGCAUCUAAUCCAAAAGUCUUGGUCUUUUCUUGGUUCAUGAAAAAGCUGUUCUUCGUUUCCAGCUUGCAUUGAUUGCUGUAACAUUUACUAAUUUGGCUUUCACAUUUAUAUAGUUCUAUACUAAUCAAAACUUACAUUAUAGUUCGUUAUGGUAGAGUCUUUAAUUCAUGUGCUUUGUGUUCAGUUUUGUGCUUUGAGGGAGAUGCACCAAUUGUCCAUUUACCCUGCCUGCAUCACCUAAUGUUUAUGUGAGAAAGCAAAACAUUUCGGCUUGAUAGUUAACACAUCAAAUAUUUCUUGCUGCUUCUAGGAUGUCUUUUUUGUUUUUGUUUUUUUGUAUUGGGAUGGCUGAGUAAAUAUUAAUUUGCAGCCAUAUAUGGGAGAAAAUUGUUAAUUUGCAGCCAUAGAUGGAAGAAUCCUUGUUUCACGGGGUGGGCACCCCUCUUUCACUAUGUGCACACCCCUCUUUCACUAGAAAAUGAGAUAUCUGUGUUCCAAAAUAUUAUUUAUGUUGUAUUAAUUUGGUAGUCUAGCAAUACACGGAGGCAAUUGCAUGUUAGCUUGUGUAUGUCUAUAACUACCUUUCGAGUUACAUUGGCAUGGUAAAUACUUUGUCCCGCUUGAAUUUGCUCUCUGUUUAGAGUAGCCUGAAAAAUCUUACUGGCUUAGAAUCAGAUUCCUGACUAGCCCCUCUCUUAAAGCUACGUUGAGCUGCAUUGCCAGCUUAAGGCACUUUGUAAAGGCUAAAGAUAAAUCUGAUUUUAAGAAAUUAUUUUUUAUUUAAAUAAUGUUUUAGUGUAAGGUUAUUAACCUUAUAAGAAUGCUUACAAGAAUGUGAGCCUUAGAUAUUUCUCAUGAGUCAAAGCAGCUUUUUUAAAAAAAUAAGAAUUGGAAGCACAAAUGGGUGGCACUGGCUUAACGCUGUUAAUGUUUCUAAAAGUUUCUACAUUUAGAUUAUAUACCUGAUCCAUAUUAAAAUACCUCUAAUGAGCACUGUUUUAUAGAAAAUCUGACUUAAUCGAAUAUUUUUGUAUUUUACAUGGGCCAGUUUAUAUCCUAUUAUGUACGCUAUUAUUUCCUAUAGUCACGUAUUCUUUGUACCUUUUGUAGUUUUGUUUUACUGUGUUUACACCUUAAUGGUCUAACACUCUAUUUGGUUCUGAGUGUUUUUCAUGUAUUACCAUUUGUAUAAGGAAACUGGUCCAUGAGUUUCCUGGUGGCUCAGCAGGUUAAGGAUCCAGCAUUUGUCACUGCUGUGGCCUGGGUUUGAUUCCUGGCCUGGGAAUUUCUACAUGCCUCAGGUGUGCCCACCUCCCCAAAAAAAAUUAACAAAAAAAAAUCAAAAGAAACUGGUCCAUGUAAAUACUUUCCAUGUUUUUUCUUCAAAUGUUUAAACCACUAGUCGAUGUAUGGUAUUUCUCUUUAGAUAUUUGCCUGUCCAUUUGCUCAACAUAUUGCUUCUAAAACAAACAAUAAAGAUUCUUUUAUUUCUUAA